UGGCUUGAAUGUCACGUCACUUGACAGCAAUAGACAAUGCUUUAAUCUUUAGUGUACCUUUACAAGUCAUUGUAAUACAACAAAUUACCAAAAUUAUCCAUCAGAUGACUUACUCCCCAAGAGCCCAUAUACCAUAUAUUUUUCCAUCCGCGUACCUAAAAACAGUGAUUUCCUAUUACUCAGAAUAUAUCUGUUGUUCCACAAAGGUGUAUUAUGUUGUGUAAAGAUGUGUUAAGCAUUAGGUUCCAGUACAUAAGAACUUUCUGGAGAAAUCAGAUCAUUUUACAAGUAAUUUGUAUAAAUCCGUCACAGGUCAUAUAAAAAAAAUGAUUUAGUUCCACAUCUGUCCAGUAGGUGACAGUAUAUGCGCACUGCCAUUGAUAAAACAGAAGAAGAACUCAAAACCUACCUCGAAGAAGGCUCUGGAAAAAUCAUGGCGGCGGCCGAUAAGAAAGAUGAGCGAGCUGGAAAAGCUCCUAAGAAAGAGUCCCAGCCUUUAAUUAUCGCCAAAACUCCAGCAGAGGAGCAGCGUUUAAAGUUGGAGAGACUGAUGCGAAACCCCGAUAAACCUGCGCCUAUUCCAGAGAGACCGAAGGAGUGGAACCCUCGCGCUCCGCCAGAGUUUGUGCGCGAUGUGAUGGGCUCCAGUGCUGGAGCAGGCAGCGGUGAGUUCCAUGUGUAUAGACAUCUGCGCCGCCGGGAGUAUCAGAGACAAGACUUCCUGGAACGAAUUUCUGACAAGCAAAAGCUGGAUGAAGAAUAUAUUGAGAAGGUGAAAGAAAACCAAAAGGCUGCUGAGGAAAGAACAGCCAAACGCAGAAAGAAGAGGGAAAAGUUGAAACAAAAGAAGCUGAUGGCCAAGAAAGCCAAGACGGAGGGCCAGAAAGAAGAAGGCUCCGAGGAGAAGUCAUCAUCCUCUGCUUCUGAAGCAGAAGAGCAAGAAGAUGAUGCAGAAGUGCCCAGCUUCAUCAUGGGGAAGAGGUGACCGUAGAAAGGACGGAAGUAUCCAGCAUAUACUACCGCACAAUAGCAGAAACCCCUCCAGAAGAGAACUUUAGUGAGCUGUGACGAAAAAUACUCCAAAUGAUGUCUCAGAAGUGCUUUUGUCUUUUGUGCUUGAGUCAGAUGUUCAACAUUUGAGGUGGACAUUGGAAAAGCUGAAUGUUUUUCUUUCAUUGGAGAGCUGGCAAUAAAAUAAUGUGACCAGGAUAGACUUAUUCUGGUGUAAAUGUGUUUUUUUUUUAAAUAAACAACAAAGGGAAUAA